ACUAAUUAACCCUGAGCAUUUACCUCUCCCAUUCAAAGCCUCGCCAUCUCGAUAGCGCGCACCAUUCGAUCCACUGCCGUUGCCGUAAACCUUUCAAGCAUGGCAAACGCUGUGGUGGCUGAUCCACUGGUGCCGCCGGCAAACGCCGCUCUCACCGACACUGCCUCCAUGGCCGAUGACUUGGGUGACCCCCUCCCGUUUCCGCCCAUGGAUCCCCUUUAUUUCUCCGAAUGCGACGAAAUCUUGAUGGAUGAUCUCGACUUCGACUUCUCGUUCGACGAUCUCAAUCUCCCCUCCGACGUCGAUAGCUUCCUCGACCCCAAUUUCCUACUCGGCCCCGUCGACCGGUGUGAUCCGGCAUUGGUGCAUCACGUUGACGCUGCUUGCCACUUGCAACCUGGGAUCGGUCCUGAUCCGAUCGGGGAUCUGAGGAACUCUUCUUCUGAAUCGUGUCAAUUUUCGGGGGAUCAGAUUGAUGGAGAUGCCGUGUUUCUGAAUUCUUCACCCCCGGGAAUGUGCCCGUGCGAUUCUAGGGUUCUGAUUUGGGAUUCAUCCGGAUCGCACCAGAUUUUCGGCGAUCUUUCUGGCGAUAAGAAUGUGUCUUCGCCGGAUUCAAAUUGUUCCAAUAAGGACUCUCAGGGGUCAGCUAAUGGAAACCAAGGGUAUAUUGGUCCUAGGGUUCUCAGUUGCCAUUCUCCAGAUUCUCAGGGUUCAGGUAAUUGCAGCUCCAAUGUAUCUUCAGCUCCGAAAUCUUCAUCCGAAUGCUUGAAUCAAUCUUUGAAUUCCUCCCUAGGCUCCGAAGACAAUUCACUUAAAAUUUAUGAGGUUGUUCACAAUUUCAAAUCAGAUGAAAUGAACAGCAUUCAUAAUAAUUCUACCUCUGCUUUGAAGAGGAAAAACCAAGGAGAAUCUGAUAAUGUAACGAACAGAAAGAGCAAAUGUAGAAAACCUAUUGACAUUAGUCACACUGAGACUAAUAAUACUAACACCACUAGUUUUAUUAGUGAGGAGGAAGAGAAGAAGAGAGCUAGAUUAAUUAGGAAUAGGGAGAGUGCUCAGCUUUCGAGGCAAAGGAAGAAAAACUAUGUCGAGGAGUUAGAGGGUAAAGUACGGACAAUGCAUUCAACUAUUAAUGAGUUGACUGCUAAAAUAUCAUAUGUAAUGGCUGAAAAUGCCUGUUUGAGGCAGCAGAUCGGUGGGGGUGGCGUUGGCAUGAGUCCCGCGAAUCCACCUCCACCUCCCGGAGUGUAUGCCCCGGUUAUGUAUCCAUGGAUGCCAUGCACCCCACCUUACUUUGUAAAGCCACAGGGGUCCAACGUGCCAUUAGUUCCAAUCCCAAGGUUGAAGCCUCAGCAAUCAGUUUCUUCAACUAAGAAGAAAGAGAGAAAGAUUAAGACGGCUGCAAGUGUCAGUUUUCUUGGCUUGUUUUUCUUUAUACUUAUGUUUGGUGGAUUGGUUCCCAUGAUAAAUGUAAGGUACGGAGGGAUGAAAGAGGCAGUUUUGGGUGGAAAUUAUGUAAAAAACGGACUCUAUGAUAACCACCGCGGAAGGGUGUUAGCUGCAAAUGGAACUGGUAACUGUGUAGGUUUUGGUAAUGGAAAGCAUUUUAGUGAUGGCUUUCAUUGCGGUGAAACAGAUCAUAAUGGAGAUGAGCCAAAUGUUGACCUUACUAAGACUGUUUAUUCACAAAAUGGUAGUGAGCCCCUUACAGCCUCUCUGUAUGUUCCGAGGAAUGAUAAACUGGUGAAAAUUGAUGGUAACUUGAUCAUACAUUCCAUUCUGGCAAGUGAAAAAGCUAUGACCGCUAAUGGAAGUGGUGAGAUGGAAAGAAUUCAAGAGACUGGUCUGGCAAUUCCUAGCGAUUUUCCCCCUUCCAUGAGGAACUCUCACAUGUAUCAAGGUCCAGCUGAAGGUCAGAAGGCCUUGGUUCAUGGUUAUGUUGAUAGGGACAAUUUUAAGAGGUCAACAUCCGCAGAUGGUCAGCUUCAACAAUGGUUCCAUGAAGGGCUUUCUAGGCCAUUGUUAAGCUCGGGGAUGUGCACAGAAGUAUUUCAGUUUGAGGUAUCAUCAGCCAUAGUUCCAGCAACCUUUUCCUCCUCAAGGAAUGUAUCUAUUGAACCAUCAUCUCAGAACGCCACAAGCCCCUAUACCAGGCAGCAAAACAGAAGGAUCCUUCGUAGUCCCAUUCCGAUUUCUUCUUCGCCUUCUCAAAACACAUCUGAAGAAAACGCCCGAAGAAAUGGACAUAAAGAAAACACAGGUCCUAACAGGGGGACACUGGCUCCUCCACUGGUUGUUUCAGUGCUUGUUGAUCCAAGAGACGCCGCCGCCACUGAUGGUGGCGAAAGCAUGAUGGGUACAAAGACCCUAUCGCGUAUUUUUGUUGUUGUAUUGAUAGACAGCGUCAAGUAUGUCACUUAUUCCUGCCUUCUCCCACUCAAGGUAUCUGUCCGCCACUAGGACACUUCUUGCACCUUAUAUGACUAUAAGUUAAACUAUACCUGGAAGAAGCUAGGAAAAAAAUCAGAAUGUGUUCAAGUUAUAUGUUUGUCUUUGUUUUCUCAUGUGAAUAUGCAACUGCAUAUUUAUUGGACUGGUACCUAUAUAUCACUUCGUAUAGAAAAUUGUUUA